UUUGAACCCUUUGAAAACCAAAAAAACAAGCACCAGUAUCAAUAUCGAUAUCGCAAACCCAAACACGAAGAAAAAAACUUGGUUAUUAUCAAGAAUCAAGAAUCAAGAAUCAAGAAUCAAGAAUCAAGAAACAAGAAACAAGAAACAAGAAACAAGAUGGAGGAAGCAGGGCGUAAAGGAGAUCCGUUUCCGGGUUUUGAGAUGAGUGUUCACAACGACGACUGCGUUUUCCGGCGAUCUCUAAGCUGCCGGCUGCAGCGACGAGCUCCUUGUCCUCUCUUAUUACCACCAAGACCUCCUCCUUCUAAGGAAGCUCCUCCUUCUACGACUGGCGCCUCCACGUCUGCGUUAUGUCAAAACAGCACAGAUCCGAUCCCUCUAUUGUCCCCACUUGUCCCUCCUUCAAUGCUUCAACCUAAUCCAACAGCCAGCUCUCGCUGACUCUUUCUCUUUCCAAUCUCUUAGGCUUUGUUUUAUUUCUUGCAAUGACAGUGUUCUCCAUGUCAACUCAUUAUUACUUUUUUUAUAAUGUUGAUUUUAUUUGAAUCCUUCACCAUCUAGAUUCAAAUACUGUCAUCAUUGUCUCUAUUCAGAUUCAUUUUCACAAAGGUGCUGAGGAUCUCGUCAUUUCCUCUCUCGA